UUCAACAGCCAGCCACUACUCAAACGCUACCUUUGUGUUUCUUCUUCAGCCAAUUUCUCAUCACCAUGGCUAACUCCAGCCGGAAGCACCUUCAGUUUGCUAUAGUCCUCGCCUUCAUUGUUGUUUACGCAAACUCCAUGGAGACGGUACGUCCCCCAAAGAAGCUUAAGUUUCUAUUUUACACCGCCGCCGACGAAGGUAGCCACCACCUAACCAGUACCAAGAUUGCAGCUGCCCUUGUCCGAAGAGGUCAUGACGUCACGUUUCUGCUCAGCAACAGCUGUACAAAAUGGAUGAACGCCAGCGAUGCCUCCCUGUUUGACUUCACCGUGCAUAAGUCCAAGUUUACUGAGAACGACCGGGUGGAAAACUUACGAGAGUUAUCCCGUGCCAGUCUGCGUGGCGAUACGUCCAGUAUCUUCCGCAUAGUUUUAUACGUAUGGCGGAAGAAACUUACAUCCAACGAAAGUGCUACGCACGAAUUCUUCCCGACUGAAUGUGAAAGUCUCCUAGGGGAUAAUGAUACCAUAAACAGUCUAAGAGAAAAGAAAUUUGACAUGCUGAUCGGGGACGAUUUAAGCAGUUGCAACCCUCUACUCGCUAAGAUACUAGGCAUCAGAUUUUCUCUUAUUAGUGGGCUCGGUUCUAGUCCUGCUAAGGGAAUGUGGUAUGGUUUACCGAGCCAUCCAGCCUAUAUACCGGAGCGCCAAUCCGGUCUGACCGACAGGAUGACGUUCCUUCAGCGCCUGAAGAGUUGCUAUUUGUACGGCCUCCACAUGCUCGCCCGACGCCAAAUGUUGAUGACAUACCGUACAAUCCAAGAGGCUUAUGAUCUCAGUCCAGAGAAGAGCACGGCAGACAUGUUGGCCGAGGCGCAACUCUUGUUGUUCACAGUGUCCUUUGAACUCGACCUAGCCCGCCCUCUAACGCCGAAUGUUAUCUUCACUGCCUCGCCUAUGCUGGGUAUACCGUCGGAACAUAAGAUAUCAGAAGAUCUGCAAGAGUUUCUAGAUGGUGCUAACGAUGAGGGCGUCGUCCUCUUCUCGCUUGGGGGCGUUGUGAGCGAGAUGGAGUCUGCGCAAGCGCAGAUGUUUGCUAACGCAUUGGCCAGGCUACCACAGCGAGUGCUUUGGCAGUUUUCUGGUGACAAUUAUUCUCGAAUAAGAAUCGGAAAUAACACCAAAACCGUAACAUGGAUGCCACAGCAGGAGGUCAUGGGUCACCCACACACUAAAAUGUUUUUAAGCCACGGUGGUUUGAAUGGUCUAUACGAAGCGGCAUGGUACGGGUUACCAGUGGUUGGUAUCCCACUCUUUGGUGAUCAAUUCGACAACAUGGAACGGGCCGAAGUCAAAGGGAUGGCACUCAAGCUGGACAUCCUGACGUUGAAUGAAGAUGUUUUAGUUGAAGCUAUUACUGAAGUUAUCAAGGAACCGAGAUUUCGCGAGAGGGCACAACACAUUUCCCGAAUGCUCCGUGAUCAACACCUCAUUCCCUCUGAGAAAGCUGCGUUUUGGAUUAGUCACGUGACCAAAUAUGGCGGGGAGCAUCUUCGUCCGAGAUCAGCUGAUCUUACAUGGAUACAAAGUAAUCUCAUUGAUGUAUAUGCGUUUCUUGGCGCCAUUUUACUUGUAGUUUCGGGGUUGCUCUUUCUUGUUUGCAGGGUCUGCUUUGUGGUUUUACGUGACAUGUGUAAACGCCAGGAUAAGGUGAAAAUGACGUAGUCGAUCAGAUUAAAGUUCAUUUUCGCCAUUUUACUUGUAGUUUCGGGGUUGCUCUUUCUUGUUUGCAGGGUCUGAUUUGUGGUUUUACGUGACAUGUGUAAACGUCAGGAUAAGGUGAAAAUGACGUAUAGUCGAUCAGAUUAAAGUUCAUUUUGAACGCAUAAUGAGCUUCUUAUUCUAAAUCAUUAUUUAAGUUUUGUUGAUAAUCCGGGGAUACCGGGUGGUGGUAAUAAAAUGCACUGGCCAUUAUUGGUAAUUAGUUUAAAGGACACUAUUG